AUAGCAGUGUAAGACUGGAAACAUCUGGGCUGAAUGGACUUUAGCAUCAAAAGAAGUUCUCAGCUGUUGACUCAAAAAAUUAACUACAUCAAAAUGAAGCAGGUACCAGAGAUCCUUGGAAAUACCAACGGGAAAACUCAGAAUUGUGAAGUGAAUCGUGAGUGUUCUGUCUACUUGGGCAAAGCACAACUUUCUGCCACUCUACAAGAAGGUGUAAUGCAAAAAUAUAAUGGCCAUGAGGCUCUUCCAUUUAUUCCAGCUGAUAAAUUGAAAGAUCUGACCUCUCGUGUGUUUAACGGCGAGUCUGGGGCCCAAGAUGCCAAGCUGCGCUUUGAACCCCAGGAAAUAAAGGGAGUUGGAACACCACCCAACACUACUCCUAUCAAGAAUGGCUCUCCAGAAAUUAAGCUGAAAAUCACUAAAACCUACAUGAACGGAAAGCCUCUUUUUGAAUCAUCCAUCUGUGGAGACAAUGGUGCAGAUGUGUCCCAGUCAGAGGAAAAUGAACAAAAGCCAGCAAACAAGGAGAGGAGAAACAGAAAAAGGAGCAUAAAAUAUGAUUCCUUACUUGAGCAGGGUCUUGUGGAAGCAGCGUUAGUAUCGAAGACUUCAAGUCCCACUGAAAAGAAGGGUCCUGCUAAGAGAGAUCCAGCUCAAAGUACCAUCAAAGAAGACAAAGUCCAUCUGUUGAAAUUUAAUAUAGGAGAUCUAGUGUGGUCAAAAGUGUCUGGUUUUCCAUGGUGGCCCUGUAUGGUUUCUUCUGAUCCUGUUCUCCAUUCCUAUACUAAACUAAAAGGACAGAAAAAAAGUUUUCGUCAAUACCAUGUUCAGUUUUUCGGAGAUGCCCCAGAGCGAGCCUGGAUAUUUGAGAAGAGCCUUGUGCCCUUCAAAGAAAAAGACCAGUUUGAACAAUUAUGCCAGGAAAGUGCGAAACAAGCCCUCACUAAAGCAGAGAAAAUAAAGAUGUUAAAGCCUGUUCCAGGGAAGCUGCGUCCGCAGUGGGAGAUGGGUGUUAAGCAAGCGAGUGAAGCAGUGGGCAUGCGGAAGGCCAAGUACACCUUCAUCUACGUUAGGGACAGACCUCACCUUAAUCCGCAAGUGGCAAAGGAAGUUGGCAUUGCCGUGGAACCGUUAGAGGAGACAGAGGAGUCGUCUUACUCAAACGAAGAAACCACUCAAAAUCUGAAAUCCAUGAAGGAUUCUGGCAUUCCUAACAAGAGGAGGAGAAGGACAUCCAAAUUCUCUGCCGCUGAUGAUACGCAAGAAAGCAGUCAGUCAGGGACUAAGAAUACCACUCCUCAAAAGUCAUCUGAACAGGCAGAAUCCAAAAGAGGGAUAGGCUCCCCUCUCAGUAGAAAGAAGACUCCAGCAUCUACUCCACGAAGCAGGAAGGGCGAUGCAGUGUCUCAGUUUUUGGUCUUUUGUCAGAAGCACAGAGAUGAGGUGGUUGCUGAACAUCCAGAUGCUUCGAGUGAGGAGAUUGAAGAAUUGCUCGAAUCGCAGUGGAACAUGCUUAGUGAAAAACAGAAAGCUCGCUAUAACACAAAGUUUGCCAUAGUGACCUCUCCCAAAUCUGAAGAAGACUCUGGUAACUUACAUGGAAAUAAAAGAAACCAAAAAAAGAGGACAAAGGAACCUACAGAAGAUUUUGAAGUUCAGGAAGCACCUAGGAAAAGACUCAGGAUGGAUAAACAGAAUAAUCGGAAGAGGGAGACAAGCAAUGACAAAACAGCAAAAACAAACUCUUCUAAGGUCACAGAAACCUCCUCUUCACAAAAGAACCAGUCAGCAACGAAAAAUCUGUCUGAUGCAUGUAAACCUCUGAAGAAGCGAAAUCGGGCUUCAGCAGCAGAAUCUUCAACUCUUACUUUUAGCAAGAGUUCAUCUCCUUCAGCUUCCUUAACUGAGAAUGAGAUCUCCGAUGGCCAAGGAGAUGAGCGAUCAGAGUCUCCCUAUGAAAGUGCUGAUGAAACUCAGACUGAAGUGUCUAUAUCAUCCAAAAAAUCUGAGCGAGGAGCAGGAACAAAAAAAGAAUAUGUGUGUCAGCUGUGUGAAAAAACAGGUGAUCUCCUCCUGUGUGAAGGACUUUGCUAUCGAGCUUUUCACCUAAGCUGCCUUGGGCUCUCUGGAAGACCAGCAGGAAAAUUCAUUUGUAGUGAAUGUACAUCAGGUGUGCAUACCUGUUUUGUGUGUAAAGAGAGAAAGGCAGAUGUGAAACGCUGUGUCGUAUCCCACUGCGGGAAAUUCUACCAUGAAGCUUGUGUGAAAAAAUUUCAUCUUACUGUGUUUGAGAACAGGGGGUUUCGAUGUCCUCUCCACAGCUGCCUCAGUUGUCAUGUUAGUAACCCCUCACAUCCACGAAUUUCAAAAGGGAAGAUGAUGCGUUGUGUCCGCUGUCCUGUCGCAUACCAUGCUGGAGACGUUUGCAUUGCUGCGGGAUGUGCCGUCAUCGCUUCCAACAGCAUUGUGUGUUCCAAUCAUUUCACUGCCAUGAAAGGAAAAAGCCAUCACGCGCAUGUCAAUGUGAGCUGGUGCUUUGUGUGUUCAAAAGGAGGAAGCUUGUUGUGCUGCGAGUCGUGUCCUGCAGCCUUUCACCCCGACUGCUUAAAUAUCGAAAUGCCAGAUGGGAGCUGGUACUGCAAUGACUGCAGGGCAGGGAAGAAGCUCCAUUUCCAGGAUAUUAUUUGGGUUAAACUGGGCAACUACAGAUGGUGGCCUGCAGAAGUUUGCCAUCCAAAAAACGUUCCCCCAAAUAUCCAGAAAAUGAAGCAUGAAAUCGGAGAAUUCCCUGUGUUUUUCUUUGGUUCUAAGGAUUACUACUGGACGCACCAAGCGCGGGUGUUCCCUUACAUGGAGGGAGAUAGAGGGAGUAGAUACCAGGGCAUCAAAGGAAUUGGAAAAGUCUUCAAAAAUGCUUUGCAAGAAGCUGAAGCCCGAUUUCGAGAAAUAAAGCUGCAGCGAGAAGCCAAAGAAACCCAGGAAAGUGAACGUAAACCUCCACCGUACAAGCAUAUUAAGGUGAACAAACCUUGUGGUAAAGUGCAGAUUUAUACUGCUGACAUUUCUGAGAUUCCCAAGUGCAACUGCAAACCCACAGACGAAAACCCGUGUGGUUUUGAUUCCGAGUGCCUGAAUCGGAUGCUGAUGUACGAGUGCCAUCCACAAGUGUGCCCGGCGGGAGAGCGGUGCCAAAACCAGUGCUUUACGAAACGCCAGUACCCCGAGACAAAGAUCAUCAAGACUGAUGGGAAAGGGUGGGGACUGGUCUCGGUGAGGGACAUUAAAAAGGGAGAGUUUGUGAAUGAGUAUGUCGGUGAGCUGAUCGAUGAAGAGGAAUGCAUGGCAAGAAUCAAAUACGCACACGAAAAUGACAUUACCCACUUCUAUAUGCUUACGAUUGAUAAGGACCGUAUUAUUGAUGCUGGCCCCAAAGGAAACUACUCUCGGUUUAUGAAUCACAGCUGCCAACCAAAUUGUGAAACUCUAAAAUGGACAGUAAAUGGAGACACUCGUGUCGGGCUGUUUGCUGUGUGUGAUAUUCCUGCAGGGACAGAGCUGACGUUUAAUUACAACCUUGACUGUCUGGGCAAUGAAAAAACAGUCUGCAAAUGUGGUGCCCCAAACUGCAGUGGAUUUCUUGGGGACAGACCAAAGAAUUCUUCCACUAAUGCCUCAGAAGAAAAAGGUAAGAAGACCAAAAAGAGAACACGGAGACGCAGAACAAAAAACGAGUGGAAGAAAGAAUCUGAAGAUGAUUGUUUCCGUUGUGGUGAUGGAGGCCAGCUGGUACUGUGCGACAGGAAAUCUUGUACUAAAGCUUAUCAUCUCUCCUGUCUUGGUUUGGUGAAACGUCCCUUUGGGAAGUGGGAGUGUCCUUGGCACCACUGUGAUGUUUGUGGCAAACCUUCAGUUUCCUUCUGCCACUUCUGCCCAAAUUCUUUCUGUAAGGAACACCAGGACGGGACAGUACUAAAUUCCACGUUGAAUGGACAGUUAUGCUGCUCUGAACACGUUCUUGGGGUGGAUUCUGUUGAAACUCAGAAGACUGAGAAACCCCGCAAAAAACUGAACAAGUUGAAGCCUAAGAGAAAGCAGAGGAACAGAUGGACGAGAGCUGACUGCAAAUAGUCACGGACUGCAGUUUCUGCUGCCAACACUAUCUUGUAGAUAAGUUGUGAAUAUGACCAGGGAAGGACACAAUUUUACAUAUAUUCUGUAAAGGUUAC